AAACAGACACUAUAUCAUCUGACAGUACAUUGCGUUACAGUCAACACCUAUUGUGUCUGAGAAGCACCAUUUGCUAGCACUGUUUACUUUACUGAGCUUUUUACUUACUUUGAGAUAGAUAGAGAGAUAGAGAGAUAGAGAGAUAGAUAGAUAGAUAGAUAUAGAUCACUUUUCAAAAAUGAAUUCAGAUUCAGAAAAGAAAUUGCGCUGGAUGCUAAGUCAAGCAGAAGAACAGCACAAGAAAGAACGACAGGAGUGGUUGGAAUCUUGUGUUCGUAGCAACCUGCAAAUACAGUCUCUGAAAGAGCAGGUCUCCACACUGCAGCUUCAGCUGAAAACCCCAACAAAGAGAGAGAAAGAACUAGAGGAAGCGUUAAAGUCCAGAGGGAAUGCUGACAAAGUGUUUAAAGACACUUAUAAAAGACAUAACUCUGUACUCUUAGAAGAGCUGGAGAAAUGUCACGAAAGUCACAAGCAAACGUUGAUGGAAAUGAAAAAGCAGCAUGAAGACCUUAAAGAAGAAAAAGUCUGCAUGGAGGCAGACCUUCGUGGUAGGCUGGAGCAGCAAUGCAAAGCAUUUGAAGAGCAGGUUCACCAACUUCAGUGCCAGGUCAACUUAAAGGAUAGACAGUAUCGUGAGUUGGAGCAGGCGAAAAAGAAGGCCUUACACAAAGUCACUGCAGAAAGAGAUGAGGCAAUACAGAUGAUAGAAACACUGCAGUCACAAGAAAUAAAAACAAAAGAGGCCACUGCUUUUGACAAACGCAUUGCCCACCAGAAUUUCAUACACAGGACAGAGAAAAUGCGUAAGGCGAUUACAGAUCUUAACAAUGAUGCCAAAAAAGCUCAAAAAAAGAUUUCUUGUCUGGAGGAAACCAUCAAAGAAAAAGACAAAGCUAUAGCAAACAAACAUAAGGAGUACGCAAUCAUAGGGACGGAAAAGACUGAUUUAAGGAAGCUUUUGUCUAGAGAAGAGGAAUGUAAUGCCCUGCUGAGGGUUCAAUUAAGUGAUGCAACCAACAGCAACAAGAUUCUAAAUGGCAAGUUCCUAAAUGCAAAUUCUGAACGCAUAGAAGCACUGGAAGCGCUGAAAGAGGCUGAUUUGAAAGAACAGAGACAAACGAAACUAAUAACUAUCCUUAAAAGUAAAAAUGACGGUAUGGGGCCAGGAUUAAAUGAACUGAAGGACAGAGUCCAUAAAUUGGAAACCUUUCAGAAAAGAUUUCUCGAGGACCUUCAGACAUGCAUGCCUCUGCUCUUCGACCACAAUAAAUUAAAAAGCAGAGUCAUCGCCCUCAAAGAACUUUACAUAGACAAGAAGCAUCACAAUCUGUUGGAUAAACACACCGAGGCGGGGUAUAUUCACCAAAUUGCCAACCUCGAGAGAAGGCUCUGUCAUUGUGCAAAGAUACAUGGCACAGUGAAGAAUAUGCAAUUGAAACAUGAGAAAGCUAAUGCCGAAUUUUGUCAGGACAAAAGCUUCUACAUCGACACUUUGAAUGCUAAGAUGAAAGAGAUGGCACAGUUAAAAGAAGAGCUGAGAGAAACCAAGGAACGGCUCACAGAGGCAACAAAACCACUACGGCAGAGGGCCACCUCCUGGAUACGGAAAACAAUCCUCCAAAGUCCCAGAGCUUCCCCAGAUGUCCCGGAGGAAGCCCUCGAUAACAGUCAGCCACCCAGCCUUCCAGAAGACGUUAUCCUAUCAUCACCAUCACCAGCAUCCAGCAAGCCACAUCGUUGUACGGAUGAUGACACGGCCCGUCUUGUGAGACCUUAUGAUGCUGAUGGCAUCACACCGAUUGACAUCUAAAACUUCACUUCCUUUGCAAACCACCUUCACCUUGACAGUUGUCCCUCCACCACCUCAGGACAACAUCCUCAUGCCAUGGCUCAGUGUGGUAAUGUGAAGUAGGACGGGUCUUAUGAGAACAUGAGUGGGUUCCAUUAUAACCUGGUGCUGAACACUGUGGCCUCACUGGUCCUGGGUACAUCCCAGUUGUCCUGUGUGGAGGCCUUCAUGCUCUCCUGUGCCUGUGUGGGUUUUCUCCGAGUGCUUCAGUUCCCCCACCAAAUAGUAAAUUUAAAAAAUAAAAAAUAAAUGAAUUAAUAAUAGUAA